AAGUGACAGCCUUUCAACUUCUCGCACGUUUUGCGUUAAAUUUCUAUUUUCUUGUCUUUCGUUUUGAAUUUAGUUUUGUGUUUACUUUUACUAUUUUUAUUAUUUAUAAUAAAAUAUUUAUUACUGUUUAAAUUUUAAUAAAAAUGCCAAAAUUAAGUACUAUAGAAAAGCUUAAGCACCCUAAUAGUAGAAAAACCAUUUCGUUAGCUAAGAAAAUGCUGAAAAACGAGAAGAAAAACAAUAACAAAAUUGGUACUCACAUCAAGCAAAACUUAAUUGGUGAAAAAAUCCUUUGGUUUAAAGAGAGAUUUCCAGAAGGUUGCGUCACUUUAAAUAAAGAGCAGACGAUGAAUUUGAUCGAAACUUAUUUAGCGCGCUUCGACGAAGAGUUGGCUCAAAUAAAUUUAAAAAACUCAAUCGGUAAGAGGAAAAGUAGACAGCACGCGAGUAGACAAGACGUCAUCAACAUCACUAAGAAGAGAGAGUGCGAAGAGUUCGCGAGCUGCGGCCUGGAGAUGCCCGACCUGAUGGAUGCCCAGCAGGUGGAGGUUCUGAGGAACUGGAAUGGUGAACUCAGAUUCUUACAACACUUUAAAUUAAAAAGAAUUGCUAGGAAACAUUUAAUCUAGUUAAACUAAUUAAAAUGUAUUUUAUUUAUGUAAAUAAAAUUUUUCCUGUAUUUAAA